AUUUACAUCAUUUCCGGUGACGGUAACCCUAAUGGUGCACUCCAGUGUUUUCAGCUUCAGAACGACAUGAGAUUUAACAAUCUUCAAAGUAGCUAGUUAUCAUGAACAGCUAUAGGACGGUUACAUUGGCUUGUAAUAAUGAUGUUAUAAGGACAUGUAGUAAAGCGGCAAUUCGCUCAGGGAAAACAGACAGUAUUUGUCACAUAUCAAGGGGAGUAGCAUCCUUGCUCACGCGAGCACAUGCUUCUGUCCCGAGACGAGAGGAACCACCACCAGUGUCUGACUCUGACAAGAGACCGAAUCUGAGAGCCAUCGACCUUGCACGCAAAAUUCGCCAGGAGAAACAGAAAGGAAAUGCAACUGGUGGUGGGUCAGACGCGGCUGUCCUUAAUCCGUCGGUGCCAGUGUCCCAACUGCAAAAGAGGGUCAUCGAGCUGCGACAGUUCACUCAGCAGCUACAGAAUGUUCACCCCAACGUUCUUGCAAAGCACCUUCACAGAGGUCUGAUCCUCCCACAUCCAGAGCUCGCAGUCGUUAAUAAACCCUAUGGAGUUUCUGUUCAAGAUGGGUCAAGCAACAAAAACAACAUCUCAGACGUGCUUCCAAUCCUUGCCAAGAUGGUGGAUGGAAUAAGGGCUGGGUCUCGGCUGCACGUCUGCCUUGGAUUAGACAAGGAGACGACAGGGACCCUUCUGCUGGCAAGGACUGAGGAAGCACUGGACUAUGUACAAAAUCUUCACAAAAACCACCAAGUGGAGAGGAAAUAUUGGGUUGUUGCUGUGGGCGUGCCUGUUCCCUCUGAGGGAGUGAUUGACAUUCCCGUCAUAGAGAGAGAGGUCACAGGGGCUCAGCCUCACUUCAAGAUGGGCCUGAGUCCUGUGUACAGGGUGAGUGACGGGGGUGAGGGAGUGACCAAAGUGCGGGCCAAUCGGCAGGCCCAGGGUGCCGUGACUCAGUACCGUGUCCUGGACAGCAGCAACGGCUGCAGCCUGGUCGAGCUCCAGCCUAUCACAGGGGUGAAGCACCAGUUGAGGGUCCAUAUGGCAUACGCUCUGGGAUCUCCUAUCCUCGGAGACCACAAAUACUCCCACUGGACCAAACUGGCACCUCAGAAACUGCCAGAUGGAGUGUUGCGGAGGCUGGGACUUGAACAGAGCAAGGCGCGUUAUCUGCCUCUCCACCUGCAUGCCCGUCAGCUGACACUGCCAGAGUUCAAAGGUCAGAGUGACAUUACGGUGUCUUGCCCCCUGCCAAAGUAUUUCACCAGCACUUUGCGACGACUGCAGAUCCCGAUUCCAGAUGAAUGAUGCUUCAGCGCAGUGCAGACAGAAGACUUGCUUAUGAAAUAUGGAGCAGCAUCACUUCAAGGGACCCUUGGCCUAAUGGUUUAAGCUUGUACCUGAACUGGGAAUUAACUGUGUGUGUGGCAAAUAAAAUAAAAUAAACCAUUUUUUUCCUAA